UUUGGUGCAGCAAACUUGAAUUUCACAUGAUAAGUAUAAUGUUUUUGCUGUUCCAUUUUUAUUUCUUUAAAAUUCAAAUAUUUUGAUAAGGGUUUGAUUCUUCCAACACACGAGAACAUAUGCUACCUCUUGUAGGAGGUUGUUUCUAACAGUUUUUCAGAUUUUGAGGUUUCAAUAUUUUUGGGUCUAGUGUGGAGGUAUCGUUCUACUUUUUACUCAUAGCUGGAAAUGGAAAUAUUUGUCCCGCCAUCCGUCAUAAGUUGCGAUCUUUUUCUGAAUAUUACAGUUUUUCCCAUAAUUCAUGAUUCAGCAUUCACUGCCUACUGUAAACUUUAAAAAUAGAUACAAAUUAUUUCAUUUUCGAGGAUUCUAGAGUCAUGUAUUUUGUCAUAAUUCCAAAUUUUCCGAAUAUCUACGUCGUUUGUGGUGUUCAUGGUUAAUAUAUUGGCAUGUUAAAAUAAUGUAUGAAUGCAGAUUUUAACCGUCACUACUUAACAAUAAAUUUUGUCAUGGAUAAUUUUAAGUGUCUGGUAUAAAUUGUAAACAUUUGUCAGGUACAAGUUUAAUUUGAAAAAUCAAGGUAAAACAGGAUGGCCGUCGUGAUUUUAGAUCGUUUUCAAGAAGAGAAUGAAAGACAUUUUUUUGCAAGACUUCAGAGUCAGGAUGGGGUUGUACAACUCUAUGAACAACCCAGCUUACAGCAGCAAGCUCUUGACCUAAUGCCAGUAUCUGAAAUGAGAAAAGAGGCAAGAAAGGAAAGUGAACAAACGGGAAAGGACGAGAGGGAUUGUCUAAUGCAUCAAGUCAACAAAUGGUUUUAUGGUUCUUUUUUUCGCUGGCUGGACAAACCAAAGUGCUCACGAUGUGGCACAGUAACAAAAAACAUAGGGCUACUACCCCCAACAGUAGAGGAACGCAAAUGGUUAGCCGGACAUGUAGAGGGAUACAAAUGCCCUAACUGUGGGGCAGAUGAAAGAUUCCCUAGAUACAACCAUCCAGGAAAAUUGUUAGAAACGCGUCAUGGUAGAUGUGGGGAGCAUGCAAACUGUCAGGCCUUGCUGCUUCGCUCCAUGGGUUUUGAAGUUCGUCAUGUCACAGAUUGGACAGAUCAUGUAUGGGUGGAAGUUUAUUCUUAUCAGGAGCAAAGAUGGAUUACUUGUGAUAGGGAUUACUUAAGCCGGGAGAGAGAAGGAAAGAAAUUGAGUUAUAUCAUGGCAGUAUCUGAUGAAGAGACUGUGGAUGUCACAUGGAGAUAUUCUACUAAACAGAAUGAAGUUAUGCAGCGAAGGUUACAUGUGAGUGAGGGAUGGCUAGCAAAGGCAUUAGCAUUUUUGAACCACCAGAAGCAACAAAAGCUUCCCCCUGUGAGGCGUCAAACACUCAGGGAGCGUUCAGCUCUGGAUUUAGCUGAAUUUCUUUCAAACUAUGAGAGAAAACUUGAAUCAAAGCACAUACCUUAUACAUUUUCACCCACUGAUGAGGAGAUAAACAGCAAGAGGUUACAGGUGCAGUAUUGUUGUGCAAGUGACAAAUACUUCAGGGGAUCCAAGAUGGAGACAUUCUUGCAAGGUUGGAAGUCUGGGGCAGCGGCCGUGAACUCAGUCUUCAGGAAAUGUGAACAUGAUUGGACAAUAGUACUUGACUAUCUUCGUUCUCGCGGAGUGGAAGAAGCUGAUCUUACUACAUUACAGAAAGGAAAUGCUUUCCUUGCCCGUCUUCCUUCCUCGCCAACUGGUUUGGUUUCGUGGACAAUGGAUUUCUCUACCUCUGGUUUGGUGAUUGACAGUGUCACCAUUGUAACCUGUUGUGUGACAAUGGAAAGUGGAAAGGUUGACUGGAAGCUAGAGGGAGAUGAUGACAUUGUAGAAAAUCUGACUUUCAUCAGUCAGCAUGAUUGCAAAUCACAAAAAACUUCAUCCCUCAGUGGCUGCAAGACCCUUAAACUGACAGCUGCCCUCAGUGGUGGAAGAGGCAAGUUGGCUUGGAAACAUGCUCAGCUUUGCAGCCAGCCAAUUGACAGCGAGGGAGACCCUUCCUUAGAUAUUACCAUUACACUAAAGGAGUCAACAGCUUAGGUUGUGUGUUGACAAGUUUUGUAAUGAGUGGUCUUAAGGCUACAGCCUUUGUAAUUUUACCAUAAAUCAAACAGUACCCUCUGGGUGUGAUUUUAAAGAAGGGAGGCAUAAUUAGUCAUUUCAUGACUAUACUUCCAUUUUACUACCUCUAGGUGGCUUUAGUAAGCCAGAGAAAGGAAAAUAUUUAUUGUUGUUAACACUUUUUAGUAGGGUAAGUAAGUCAAAAUAGUUAACAUUUAAUAAGCUGCUAUAAAGAGAAAAUAAUUAAUAUAGCCAAAGUGAGGUUGUGGAUACAUUUGGGAUUGUUAGCAGGCUAACUUAAAAAUUGAUUUUUUUAAGCAAUGUCCCUAUAUAUGUCAGGAUUUUAUCAGUCAUUCAUGAAUUGGCAGAAUUGCUGUAACAAUUGUACAAAGUGGGAUUUCUUGAACAAAUCAAUAACUUAUUGACAAAUAGAAAAGGGGAUGCACUAUGUGAAUUCAAAAGUGAACAAACUCUUAGGGAGUAAAACAGGUUUAUUUAUUAACUGCAAAUUGUAAUGUUUUUUAGGAGUGCAAUGAAUAUCGAAAUUGUCAGUAGAUGUACUCCCUAAUGUUUUAAUUGUCAUCAACUUUACAUUGUAAUAAACAAGUACAAGAUAUGAAUAUGAGUAUCAAUUGUC